GCACAGUAUAAUGAAGGCAUGUAAAUGCUUUCGGUGUAGAAAGUACUUCAGAUACAAAUCAAAACUACUUGUGUACCAAAGGAUCCACAGAGUGGAGAAACAUUUUGAAUGCUCAGAGUGUGAAAAGAAAUUCAGUCAUAGUUCCCUUCUUAAACAGCACCAAAGAAUCCACACAGAGGAAAAGCGUUUUGAGUGCUUAGAGUGUGGGAAGAGAUUUAGCUGGAGUGGUGAUCUUCAAAGUCAUCUACGAACCCACACAGGAGAGAAGCCUUUUGAAUGCUCAGAGUGUGGGAAAAGAUUCAGACAGAGUGGCGCUCUUCAACAGCAUCAAAGAACACACACGGGGGAGAAGCCUUUUGAAUGCUCUGUGUGUCGGAAGAGAUUCAGUCAGAGUGGCAAUCUUCAAAUUCAUCUAAGAACCCACACAGGGGAGAAGCCUUUUGAAUGCUCAGAGUGUGGGAAGAGAUUCAGUCACAGUGGCAAUCUUCAAAGUCAUCUACAAACCCACAUAAAAGAGAAGCAUUUUGAAUGCUCAGAGUGUGGAAAGGCAUUCAGUCACAGUAGCACUCUUCAGCAUCAUUUAAGAACCCACACAGGGGAGAAGCCUUUUGAAUGCUCAGAGUGUGGGAAGAGAUUCAAUCAGAGUGGCCACCUUCAGCUUCAUCAAAGAACCCACACAGGGGAGAAGCCUUUUGAAUGCUCAGAGUGUGGGAAGAAAUUCAGGGACAGUAGCAGUCUUCAAAUCCAUCUAAGAACCCACACAGGAGAAAAACCUUUUGAAUGCUUGGAGUGUGGGAAGAGAUUUCGACGGAGUGGCAGUCUUAAACUGCAUCAAAGAACCCACACAGGGGAGAAGCCUUUUGAAUGCUUGGAAUGUGGGAAGAGAUUUCGACGGAGUGGCAGUCUUAAACUGCAUCAAAGAACCCACACAGGGGAGAAGCCUUUUGAAUGCUCUGAGUGUGGGAAGAGAUUCAGGGACAGUCAUGGUCUUCAAAGUCACCUAAGAACCCACACAGGGGAGAAACCUUUUGAAUGCUCAGAGUGUGGGAAGAGAUUCAGGGACAAUCAUGGUCUUCAAAGUCACCUAAGAACUCACACAGAGGAGAAGCCUUUUGAAUGCUCAGAGUGUGGGAAGAGAUUCAGCUGGAGUGGUGAUCUUCAAAGUCACCUAAGAACCCACACAGGGGAGAAACCUUUUGAAUGCUCAGAGUGUGGGAAGAGAUUCAGCCGUAGUUGCUAUCUUCAACAGCAUCAAAGAACGCAUACAGGGGAGAAGUCUUUUAAAUGCUCAGAGUGUGGAAAGAGUUUCUGCCGCAGUGGCUAUCUUCAAAACCAUCAGAGAACUCACACUGGGGAAAAGCCUUUUCAGUGCCCAAAGUGCGAGAAGAGUUUCAGUCAGAGUGGCAAUCUUCAAAAUCAUCUACGAAUCCACACAGGGGAGAAGCCUUUUGAAUGCUCAGAGUGUGGGAAAAGAUUCAGGGUCAGUAGCAGUCUUCUGAGUCAUCUAAGAAUCCACACAGUGGAGAAGCCUUUUGAAUGCUCAGAAUGUGGGAAGAGAUUCAGGGACAAUAGCAGUGUUCAAACUCAUCUACGAAUCCACACAGGGGAGAAGCCUUUUGAAUGCUCAGAGUGUGGGAAGAGAUUCAGUAGGAGUGGAAAUCUUCAACAGCAUCAACGAACCCACAAAGGGGAGAAACCUUUUGAAUGCUCAGAAUGUGGAAAGAGAUUCAGGGACAGUAGCAGUGUUCAAACUCAUCUACGAAGCCACACAGGGGAGAAGCCUUUUGAAUGCUCAGAGUGUGGGAAGAGAUUCAGCCAGAGUGGCAAUCUUCAAAGUCACCUAAGAACUCACACAGGGGGGAAGCCUUUUGAAUGCUCAUAAUGUGGGAAGAGAUUCAGUCACAGCAGCUAUUUUCAAAGGCAUCAAGGAAUCCGCAUAGGGCAAAAAGUUUUGGAAUAGAAAGAGAUUCAGUCAGUGUGGUUAUCUUCAACAACAUCUAAGAACCCACAAAGCAGAAACUGUAACUUCUUAGCCUAAGAGUGUUGAAUUCAUUUCUUUUUCUAAUGAUACAACAGAAAUGUCACUUAGUUGGGCUGAGCCCUGUGUGCCACACAUUGUAAUGCCAGAUAUCCAAUUAACAAUAUUAUCUUUUACUCAAUAAGGCUAUUAAUGCUUUGUUUAGCAGUCUUCAAUAACUGACGUUUCUUUCUCUGAAUUACUGCAUAAAAUAUGAUGUCUGUGCUGUAGCAAUCUUGAGUGUGCUGGUUAGGUGUUUAUCUGUAUGCUGAGAAUAUACUUUUGAUUUAUUGAUAUUUAUUCUGGAAUAAAGCUUUUCAGAGAU